AUGGCAGAGGUAGAGGCUCGUCAGAUAGCCAUUCUAGAAACCGUUGAAGAUAUUCAAAAUCGUCGUGAGCAGGUUUUGCGGCGUUAUGCCGAGUUCAAGGAAGCAACCCGUCUUAGGCGCCAACGCUUGGAGGACGCCAAGCGCUAUCAUCAGUUCAAGCGAGAUGCCGAUGAAGUGGAAGCAUGGAUCAACGAGAAGCUUCAAAUUGCCUGCGAUGAGAACUAUAAAGAUCCCACAAACCUGCAGGUAACUUUCCGCCAUUAAAAACAAACCUCUCGCAUGCGAAUUGCGGGUAAAUUUGUGGCUGAAUGGAGCUUGCUUCGCCUUCGACAACGCCCCGACUUUGAUCUGGCAUCUGCAUAGCUCUAGCUCUAGUAUUAUCGAAUGCAUCAAACCUGUAUUUCGGGCAAUUUCGUUUUAUGCAACUUUUAUCUCUGAUAAACGCUUUCCUUUAAAAAAGGGUCGAUUAUUAAUAAGAACAGAUUUCUGAUCAAAUAAGUAUUGCGCGUUUAUCAUGGAAAGAGCUGGCCCGCGUCCGUCUCGGGAGUUUUGCGGGCAAUGCAUGUUUUGGAAUCUUUUUUGUAUAAACUAAUGGUUUGCGUUAGUUUAUACUUUAGCUAACUGGUUGACAUGAAAAUGCUUAAACUAGUCAUCCCAAAUAUAUCUCAAGAAUUUUUUUGCACGCGUGAUUUGGUUCAGCAUUCGGCGGAAAGAAAUCAACCAGCUUAGCUGCUUGAUUAAUCGCUUCACCGGAGUCGAGAGUAUUCUUCUUUAGCAUAAAAAGGGUUUUCUUAAAUUUCCACGUUUUUCUGUUCAUUUCUCAGUUAAGUUGAAAAGUUAUGAAUACAGGAAAGGAGCAUGAUGUUGAUCUCAUAAUUUGGUGGUCACAUUACAAGACUUUACAAGGCGUCCACAAGCCCAUUUUUAAUUUCCCGGGGGGUAGGGGGGUCUUUUCAUAUGCAAACUUUAUAAAAUGCUGGUUUGCACGUGACGUCUGACGGCGGCGAUGUUGGUGGACAAGAACAAAAGCAUUUCUUUUCUUUGGGUACUAAACUCUUAUUUUCAUGUAACUUAAAAUUCUAUUGUUUUGACCCCUAACAUGGCCACCCAAACCAAGAACGCAGUCAUAAAAACUGUGUCACUGACAAUAUCCAUAUUAGAGGAUAGCUUGAAUGAAUAAUUUUCUGUAACUAACUUCUCACUGCUUGAUGCUAUGGACAAGAGGCUGAGUUGUAAUUAUUCAUCCUCAGGUGCUUCCAUCAAUUUAAGCUUCACAUAUAUGGCAAACGUCAGAUUCAAGUUGAGAAUUUCUCAUUAAUAGAAAAUGUGCAGAUCUAUAAAGCUUGAAGAUAAAAAAUUGAGUGAAGUAACUAAUUUAUGCAUAGAAAUAAUGAACAAUAAAUGAUAAGUAAAGGGAAGCUUGGUCACGUGGUACAAAUUCGUGUUUACCAUUUGAUGUAAAAGUGAUACUUAACCUGUCCAAUAACAAAUGCAACGUAGGGGAAAUGUAAUGACUUAUGGCAAAAAUUUGUGUGCUUAAGUUGACUAUCUAUUCCCCUCAGUCCAUAUGUGGUAACCUGCCUAAAAAUGAAAAUAAUAUCUUAGUGAUCAAUGUGAUCACUACAGUCAUUUAGAGUUGUGUCCAUUACUUUUCUAUUGUUGCCAAACUUUUUUCAGGGAUAUUAGAUCAUACCUUAUGAAUUCACAGUGCCUCUUUUGUAUCAACAGUUCUACAUCUAACAUAGAAAUAUUUUUUAUUUCAGGGUAAACUUCAAAAGCAUCAGGCAUUUGAAGCUGAGAUUUCAGCUCAUAGCAAUGCCAUUGUAGAGCUACAGGAAAAUGGAGAAGGAAUGAUCAAUGAGUCUCAUUAUGCCUCUGAACUUAUUAGGGUGAGUAGCACUGUAGUUUCAAAUGACUACAUUUAAGUCAAAUUUGACUGUCCUGGUUGAAUCAUACAGGUUACACACAAAUUUGGCUAUCAGUAAAAUGACACUUGUGCAGCUUUUUUCGUGAGCAAUAAAGCAAACCUUUUUUUUAUAGCUAGACAAGACAAUUUUCAUGUAACUAUACUUAAGUAAACACAUUCUUAAAACUGGGACACACCAUGGGGCACUGUUGCUACUUUGAAAAUCUUGUUCAUUUUUGCCCCAAUUCUUGAUGCACAAAUUCAAACCUGACAAGUUUUAUGGUUUACAGUGUACAUGCAUAUCAUGGAUUUUGUCCCUGCAACAAAGUGUUUUCAUGGUUACAAUGUACAGUGUACAUGGCACAGGUUACUUUUUCCUUUCAGCAUGUUACUGCUUAAUGUUCUGCCAUAUGGUCUGACCAAUGGUGAUCCAGUAUAUACAAGCAAUAUGAAAGGAUGGUGAUGGUACUGAUGAACCUAUUAGCUUGCUAAUGCAAUCCUUAAUAUUGAAUUUAUCCACAGGAGAGGCUUGACUCCCUUCUUAAGCUUUGGGAACUGUUACUUUCUAAAUCAGCAGAGAAGGGUCGUAUGCUUCUGUUUACACAAAAGAGAGUUCACUUCCUCAAUGAAACAGAAGAAGUCAUGUCAUGGAUUCUGGAAAAGGUAAGACAAUAAUCGUUAAGGAAAACAAAUGAAUGUCUGAAACUGCAAGUUCCUGCAAACAAAGAAAACGUUGGCUUUAAGAUGUAAAUCCAUGUACAACAGGUCAAAAUUGGUUGUCAAGUUUGAUCUUACCAAUACAAACAUGAUGGCAGAGUGUUGAGUGUUCUUUGCUCUUUCCUAAGUGGAACCACUUACUACCUGGUUCAAAAUGUGGAUAGUGCUGUCCAGUUGAGAAAUACAUGCAAGUAUCAAUUGCGUUAAUUUAGUUGGUUCCCCUAACACUUUUCAAAUUGGAUCGUGCUUUAUCCGGUGGAUAGUGCUAUCUAAUGUUUAAGUUCAUUAGAGGUUUGUCAGUGUAAACUUCAGUAGAGAAGCAUGCACUAUUUUGUGUGUGUUUCCUUUGCUUUGGACUGUAUUUUCUUUUUUGUGAAAUGAAGCAAAAAUAAAGAGCACUCAAUUCUUAGUUGCAUUAGUCAAAUUGAGUAAGAAAGGGAAGUGGGUGUUUGCUUACAAGUACACACACCAUGCUUUAGAUUUCACGAGGUUUAACCAUUAAUUUUUUGGGCUGUUUGACCAAAAUUCUCUGUUUUUUUUUCCAUCGUAGGAAGCAAUUGCCACUUCAGAAGAAUUAGGACGAGACUUGGAGCAUGUUGAAGUCUUACAGAAGAAGUUUGAAGACUUUAUGAAGGACAUCCAAGCUAAUGAAUCCCGAGUGACAUACAUCAAUGAUCUUGCACAUCAACUUGGUGAUGAGGGUCAUCCUGACAUUGAACUUAUAAGCACCAAGCAAACAGUAAGGAAUUAUUAUUUUGUGGUUGUGCCCCUCGGGGCUUCUUAUCACACCUUUAAGCUUUGUGCUGCAUAGGAUGCUAAUUUUAAAAAUGAUCUGCUACAGUUCUUGCAUUGUAGUUUUUGGCACAUUAUAGAAUGUUUGACCAAAAUAUUGUGAGAGCUACUGUGUUUGCAAUAGGAUGUUUGACCUUCUUGUCAGCACUUCCUAAUCUUUGAUUAUUUCCUGUUAUUAGUUUGACAGUAUUAAACUUUUAUUUUUACAAACUUUAUUUUACAGGAAGUGAAUGAAGCAUGGGAGAGGUUGAAGAUGCUGGCAUUGAAACGUCAGAAAAGGCUGGCAGGAGCUCAGCAGAUUCACAGCUUCUAUCGGUAAUGACAUUAUGCACAGGAUCGUCAAGUUAGCUCUAGCUAAUAUACAGGCAUUUCACCCAAGUAAUUUCAAACAAAUUGUCAAAACGGAACAUAGCUUGAUUAAAGACUGGAAGUGGAAGGUUGUAGCCAUGUGUUUAUAAGCAUGGCUGAGAAGUGGACGCUGAGCAUGAUUGAGAAAUUGGUCCAUUUAGUGGUCUUUGCCCAAGACAGAUUCUCUAAUCACUUGGACAUCCUGUUGUCCUUGUUGUUGGUUUAAAUUUGCAAGAAUAAUACAUUAGUUUACUUGUAAAUCCUUGUCCAGUUAUUGAAAUCAACUUUUAGUAACUUGGUGUUUUGCUAUCAGUUUCCCAAACAAAUUCAUCUACACUGUGUAUAUAUACAUGUUUUUGUUCUCAAUUAAUGGUGAGUGUGGUGAGUUUGUGAUUGUAGGAAAGUGUGGACUGUCAUUGGAAGAUCAAUAAUGACAAUACAAAUAAUAAUCAACAAUGUUAAUCCCGUUUUUUCUUGGUUGUUUGGGGAUUUGAUUUCUAACAUUAAAGAAAAAUGAAUUUUCAUCAGGGAUGCUGAUGAAACCAAGAACUGGAUCAAUGAGAAAGAUAAAGUGCUGUCAUCUGAUGACUAUGGAAAAGAUCUUGCCAGUGUUAAUGCUUUGCUACGAAAACACGAGGCUUUGGAAAGAGAUUUAGCUGCAGUGGAAGACAAGGUAAUAUAUUGAAGAGAAGAUGUUAAAAAUAGUGUUUGCUAGGAAAUUUGUCACUUUUGCAAAGUGCACUGUUUGCUCUAGUGUUCCAAUAAAAAAAAUUCAAAACCAAAUUUAAAAAAAAAAAAAAAUCCUAAGAAAUGAAUAGUACAUUUACUUUGCAAAGGGUCUUCCAGUGCCAUUUUAUUUGAAUGGUAACACAUCAGGAUUUUGUUUACAGAUUUAAAAGUUAGAGUGUCAAUCUUCCACACUAUGGUUUUGGAGAGAAGAGGUUUUAAAGCUUCUAUUAUGUUCAUCCUUCACCUUGCAUGCUAAAAGUAAAAUAACAAUAAAAAAAUUAUUUCUGUUCAUUUUAGGUGACAGCUCUUGGUCAAGAAUCAGCUCAGUUACAGGAAGCCUACCCUGAUAGUGCCGAUGACAUUGCGGCCAAACAAGAUGAGAUUGUGACUGCCUGGGGAAAUCUCAAGGACAAGGUAUCUUAUUGGAGAAGUUUUGAUCCAUCUGGAAAGGAUGUUCAAAACAUUUUGUGAUUGGUAAUCUAAACAACUAAAAACCUUUUUUUUCUUUAAGUCUGCAGUAAGAAAGACAAGGCUUGAAGACUCUUACCGGCUUCAAAGAUUCAUUGGUGACUACAGGUAAAGUGGCAAAAUCCCUUCUUGUUGUUUCACAGAAUUGCAGUUGCAGGGUUAUAUCUUGCAAGUAUCAAACACAAAACACCAUGUUUUAUCCAAUACAGUGUAUGUUUAUACAUGUUUUUCAAAUUGGUGCAGUCUUUGUUAGCCACUUUGACACAACAGCAAUCAUUCAUUGUCGCUACAAUUAAGUUAUUCUCUGUUUAUCAUAUCAGGGACCAUAUCUCAUUUAUAAAUGAAAUGAAAGUUUUGAUCCAAAGUGAUGAGCUGGCCAAAGAUGUUGCAAGUGCAGAAAGUCUUUUGGAGAGACAUCAAGAACACAAGGUGAAUUUUCCCUAAAACUCAAUUCCUCCAUGGUGUGAUAAGGGAUAUAUUAGGGAGCUUAAGCAAUGAUGUUUUUGAGCAACGCAUGUCAACCGAAAGUGGUGCUCCGAAAGUGGUGCUUUUUCCUUUUUAAUAUGCCUUUAUGUUACCAGAUUUGUAUUGCGAGGUGUCCUAAUUCUUAUUGAGACUAUUAAUUGCCCGAAAAAUUGGGCAAUACCACUGCCCAAGAAUGUAAAAAGUCCACUUCCUGUUGACAAGCAUCACAUCUUUGCUUAAUCUCCCUAUUGUUGUGUGAUAUUACAUCCAGUUCUUCCUUAUAGAGGCAGUCAGAAAUCUACUGUGUUCGAAAUAAUCAGUGAAGUUAAGAACAAAACUUUUAGGGACCAUCUUCCUGUCAAGUUCUUGUAACCACAUGUCCGUGUUAUUACUAUCAUGAUGACAAAUUUCUCUGCAAAUAGUUGUGUAGUUAAAUGUUGCUUAUGCAUUGCAUACCAUCUCUGCUUGACUGCUAAAAGUGCCUUCUUUCUGGUAAGCCAGUGGUAUCCUGAAUUCACUGCUUCUCCAUCCUCUGCCAUUAGGGUUACAUUGAUGCUCAGGAAGAUGGAUUCAAGAAGUUUGCAGAUGAUGGAGAAGAACUCCUCAAUUCCAAUCAUUAUGCCAGUGAUGAGAUUAAAGACAAGGUAAAAGAAUCAGAAUUAAGUACUUAUUCCCUGUUAUUCUGUGCAUGUAUGUGAAAAUACUACAGAUUCAAGUUAUUUUUGCAUUGCAAUCAGUGUCUUAGAAAGAUUUCUGCUUCAAAUGUCAAGAAACCGUAUGUGCAUUUAGGGCAGCAGUGCCACAUUUAUCGAAUGACCCUCCUUUACAACUGCCCAUAGUACAAUCAGUAGAAAUUUUAAGAAUGCAAUUAAGACAUUCCUUUUUAGACAAUAUUUUAGAAGUGAAUUUCUAUUUUGAUACUAGUAUAGAUACUUAUGAGUUAUUAUAUUAUUAGGCGUUUGGUUUUUUUUUAAUCAGUUUUACACUUAACUAUUUUAGUAUUUCAUGGAUACUUGAACAAUGAUAUAAAAUGCUACUGAUCUUUAUAAAAUAACUAAGAUAGUACGCGCUCUGAUUGGCUGAGAGGAGUGUUUGCAUGAGAGUACGUAAACAUGGUUGUGGCAUCAAGUUGUUUGGCUUUUCGCGCGCUAAUCGCGCAAGCACGAAUUUGAAAAGUUUUCGAGUUCAAAACUCGACACGUUUACUUUAUUUACCCACUCCUUCAUCGGCUGAAACAUGGAAAAUCGUUACAAAGAAGGUGAGUCAAUUUUUCUACGCUUAAGCUGACAUUUUAAGCGAGAAAAAUCCGUAUUUUUCAAAGCAUCUUUUUGCAAAACAAGAACUGAUUACGUGUGCAAGACUUCGUGGACAAGAUUUUUCGACUGGUUAGAAUUUCUCUUUUAAUCAGUCCCAUACAAAGAGUUUUGCGUUUUUUUCUCGGGAAAGUUAUUUUAUAAAAUCAACAGAAAACUUUUUUCCUGUGUUUGCAUAGCCUGAUAUAAACACUCGAGGCGUUGGGAGAAUUCUUGACAGUUAUGCAAACCCUCAACUUCGUCUCAGGUUUGCAUAACUGUCUCGAAUUCUCCCAACCCCCCUUGUGUUUAUAUGAGGCUAUGCAAACAUGGAAAACGUUUUCUAUUGCUUAAGUAUGUGUAAAUAGCGCCAUAGAAAUAAUUAAUUAAUUAUUAUUGUUAUUAUUAUUAUUAAACCACAGAAGAGGCGUUUUGUUUCAGUGGAUAAAGGAACUUGUACUUAGAAAGCUCUAUGUACAUGUACACUCUGUUUGGAGCUUUUGAGUCUUUAUGUCCUGGCAAAGUGCUUUAGUGAAGGUUGAUAAAAGAGUCAAUUCUAUUUUAUUUGUUUAUUUUUUUUAGCUUGCAAGCCUUGAAUCAGAGAAGUUAGAAUUGCUGGAGCUGUGGGAAAAACGACGUGUACAGUUUGAACAGUGUAUGGAGCUGCAGCUUUUCAACCGUGACUGUGAACAUGCUAAUGCCACCAUGACUAAACAAGAGGUAGGAACAUGUCAAAUGUUUACAAAAGUAGUUGCACACACCAUUAUAAUACUAUCCUAACACAGCACACUCAAUUCAUAUAAGAGGUGUAUUCCAGGUAAGAAGUUUACAUUUAAGAAUUUAUUAGCAAAAGAGGUAAUGUAUGGAAUGGAAGUGAAUUGAGUAAUAGCGAUCAUUGAAUUGUUUCUCUUCUAAGGCUUUCCUAGCUGAUGACAACUUGGGGGAUUCCCUUGAUGGAGUGGAAGCUUUGAUCAGGAAGCAUGAAGACUUUGACAAAUCAUUUGCUGCCCAAGCUGAGAAAGUCAAUGUAAGUACAAUCAUUCAAAUAAGUCUCAGUUUCCCUUGGCCUGAUUAAACAGUGUAUAAGCAUUUCUGUGAACAGAAAUAAUUUUAAUUUUUUUACUUACAAUGCAACCAUGAUUGUUAAGUAAGCUAUAAUCCUGGGUUAACUGUGAAUAGAGCUUACGAGUCUGUUGUUGUGGUAAAUUGUCCUGAAAAAGUUUCAAUGUGGGUUCAUCGUGUGUUAUGCUUUAGAGAAGAAAUCAUUGGUAAGGUCCUUUUCCAUGCUUUCUUACUCUCGAGUGGAACCUCAAUAUAACGAGGGGUAAAGGGACUGAGAAAAAUUUGUUCCCUAUGACGAGGUUUCAUUGAGGUUCUUUUUCAUAAUUUUACUAUUACUGGGGUAAAGAAAAUAGUUCGUUUGGCUGAGGACUUUGUUAUUUAGAGGUUCGUUAUAUCGAGGUUCAAGUGAAGUUAGGUUGUAAAAAUGUCAUUCAUUACACGUCACCAAGGUUUCAUGACAUCUGGGUUCACUGUAGUCUAGCAACAAAAUGAUGUGGUCCUGUUGUUUUGAAUUUUUCAGAGCAUUGAUGAGUAUGCAAACCGCCUUAUUGAUAGUAACCAUUAUGCAUCAGAUGAGGUGCGUGAGAAGCGUGAUGGUAUUCUGGAGAGGCGUCAGAAUAUAGAGGAGUUGUCAAAGGCUCGUAGGGCCAAACUUGAGGAGUCUCGUAAGCUUCAGCAGUUUGAGAGGGAUGCUGAUGAGGUGAAAAGCUGGAUUAAUGAAAAACUGAAGACUGCUUGUGAUGAAUCUUAUAAGGUAAUUUUGGACUAAAUUAUCCUUGCAUCUACUGCCUCUGAACUAUACUUAAACUGCAAAUAAUAUUUUGCAUAAACUGUUUGCUUAAUUAAAGCAAAGUACAUAUAUGAUGUGGGCAUGUCUCAAGACCAAACUCACUAUAUGUAGUUGCUGCAUACUGCUACACCUACACAAGUAUACCAAAAAUUGACCAAAUGCUGGCCUUUGAUGUGAACUGCAGAGUGGAGUCCAUUAAAAAUAACUUAUAUCAAUAAAUAAUUAAAAAGCACGGUGUAAAAAAAAAUUUAUUCAAGUUGCAGAUGAUUUCUGGAAGGUACCUUUUAUUCACUACAAUCAUGUCUUUCAGGAUCCAACAAAUCUGCAAGGAAAACUGCAAAAGCAUCAAGCAUUUGAAGCUGAACUGAAUGUUAAUCAAAGUAGACUUGAUGCAGUUGAUAAGAGCGGGGAACAGCUGAUUGCAGAUGAACAUUAUGCUUCUGAUCAAAUCCAGGAGAGACUUGAUGAACUGCAUAAGUUAUGGGCCUAUCUGUUUGAGAGAUCAAAUGAUAAAGGUUAGAUUACCAGUGACCUGUAAAUAACUCCUUAGAGUAACCAAAGUCAACGUUUGGGAAAAAUUUCCUCUUUAAAUGAUUUGCUGUACAGAAAAACAGCAGUAGCCUACAAAGCAUUCGGUCAUCCACACAUUGGAAAGUGUGUUCAGUGUGUUCACAUUAUUUUACUUUUGCUGUAAAAUGUUUUCCUGCAUAACUAUAUCAGCAAAUUGUGGACAAAGAUUGUUCAAUAAGGUAGCACUUAUGGCUGGUAAGACAAAAAGUGUGGCGAAUUUGUGGCAAAUGUUUUACUACAUUCAAGUAGAGUACAAAAAUGCAAAGUAAGGAAGAGUAUUAGUCUUUGGUGUAUAGUUAAUCAGGUGACCAAAUCAACAGUGUCGUGUCAGCAACACUUCUGUGAGCACCAGUGCAUCAACCUGCAAGACUAAAUUAAAUGAUAGUAUUUAUUUCAUGAUGACUCUCCUUAUUUUACUAUUAUUUUCUAUUCAGGCAAUAAGUUAAAGGAAGCCGCACAGCAGCAACAAUUUAACCGGUCAGUACUUAACAUUUAUACCAUGUUUUCUAAGAAUCUCUGGUUUCUGGUUGGUCUGGAAUUGUUAAUAGCAAAUGACCAUAAGCUUGAGAAAACUGCUGACAUUUCGCGAUGUCACUGCCGGUUUCCCCCCAAAAUGUCACUACCCAGAUCUGGUAAGUGUCACAUCACAGUGCAUCAUCAGUAUGGAAUGACUGCACUCAUUUCUCAGACAUCAUUUCAUGGGGAAACCAGUGGUGGCACCAUGAAAUGUCAGCAGUUUUCUGACGUUACAUUUUCAUUUCCUUUGUUCUAUCUUUAUUACUCUACAUCACUUGCUCAUUUACAGAACCAAGAGUGGAAUGAUUUGAAACCCAUUCUUCUUCGAACUUUAACAAGUGAUUUUUUGUGUUUUUUUUUUCAUUUCUCGACAACUAAAUCAACUGACAUCCUUGUUUUUUUCUCAGGGCUGCUGAAGAUGUUGAGCUUUGGUUUUCAGAAGUUGAAAAUCUUCUUGCUGUUGAAGACCUUGGAAAGGUUUGUUACAGACUGUCACUUGAACCCACUCAUGUUUAAGCAGUUUUUUAGCCUAGACAAAAAAGUUGUUUUCAAACUGACAUUUCAAAGAGACUGUGGUGUUUUUGGAAGUUUAUUCCUCCUAAACUAGUCUUGUCUUACCCUUCGGCAUCAAGCCUUAGUAUAUACUAUCUGUAUAAAAGAAAGUAAUUUACUCCCUUGCUCGUCAUUGAUAAUGUUACCACUAUUUUUAUGUUUCUAGGAUCUGACAAGUGUCCAGAAUCUUCAAAAGAAGCAUGGAAUGAUUGAGGCUGAUAUUGUGGCCCGUGCGGUGAGUAAUGAAUAGGGUGCCUGUAAAAACUCUCAGCAACUUCUAAUAUACUGCUGAAUUCUCCUUAUAAAUUACCUUGUCUUUUCUGGUAAAGCAAAAAGAAAAUUUUCAUUUACAUUAACAGUCUAAAAAAGGAGUGUACUGGUCUAAGUUUCAUGUCAAAGUUUCCCUUCAUUUCACGAGCAACUGUUCAUUUUAGGAACUUUUGAUUGAAGCCAAAAGGAAACAUGUCGUAUUAUAAUAACAUUAAUUUGGAAAGCUUAACUUUUGAUUUCUAUUAUUUUCGUCAUGUUUGUUAGGAGAAAAUUGAAGUUGUUAAUGCCCAAGCUGACCUCUUUGCCGAGGCUGAUCACUUUGAUGCUCCAGCUAUUGCAGAGAAGAAAGAAGUUUUGAAUGCCAGAUACCAGCAGCUUCAGGUGAGUUUUUUUUUCUAUUUGUUGUUCUAAUUCAGCUGGUUGCUUUCCUAUAGUCUACACUUUACAGCCUGUUUAAUGAGCCAUUAGGUUGCAAGUAGGACAGUACAUAAGCAGUGUUUGUGAAAUACUGUUUUGUUUAAAGGAGUAUGUAUUCCAAGGGCACAAGAAGAGCUCAUUUUGGCUAGGGUCAGGUCAUGUUAUUUUAGGCAAUUUCACAUUACCCAACAGUCACACAAGGAAAUGAAAUCCCAAAUAACUCCAUUUACUUUAAACUGUAGAGGACACAAAUGUACAGAAAAGCCAAAAAGGAAGCAUGGAUGGGCAAAUUUGGAGGAGACUACUUGGAAUAGUAGAUUGGAUUAAAAUUUAUAGUUAACACAAAAAUAGGAUGAAUCACCAAAAAUAUCUUGAAAGCCAAGCUAGAAUGACAUUUCCCUUCAAAUUGGUCAUUUAUAUUUUAUAAAGACUACCUAGUGAGAUCUUGGGACUACUGUAGUUGACCAAAGCAGUGGGAAACAUGCUUUUUGCUGCCUGUAGGUAUUGUUUAUAGUUAUGGAUUGUAAUGUAAUUAAUGAUUACAUUUUUGAAAAAAAAAUACAGGCUCCACUCCUGGCCCGUAAAGCCAGACUUGCAGAUGCUGAAAGACUAAAACGAUUCCUUCAUGACGUUGAAGAUGAAGAAGCCUGGAUCAGGGAAAAAGAACCUAUUGCUUCAUCCAAAAACACAGGUACAUGGAAAGGGUUAUUACGUAGUGUGUUCCCAUCGUUGUAAAGAGGUGAGUAAAGGUUGAAAUUAAAAUGUAGUUAUAUUUUGUUUUUUUGUUUUCACACUUUUUAGGGCGAGAUUUGACAGGAGCUCAGAAUUUGUCCAAGAAACAUCAGGCAUUAAUGGUAAGAAUAAAGGAAACAUGUAUGUCAAACAUACAGAUACUUUUUUUUGAAAAACUGCUAAGCUUAUUGCAGAGGAAAAAGUCUUCAAAGGCAUCUGGGCAAAAAUGACAGAUGUUUGUCUCAAAAAAGAUUUUAGCUGUCUCAUUGCAUUUUCCUUGUGGUGCUGUGUUUAAUUCGACCUGUAUCAAUUCUCUUUUGCAGACUGAAAUUGCAGGACAUGAGCCUCGUAUCAGGGCAGUAUGCGAUAAUGGUGUUCAGAUGAUUGACAAUGGUAGGUAUUAAGAAAAUGAAUAUUUUCACCGGGAAAAUGCAUGUUCAGAAUGAUUAAUAUUCAAACUUCAUGCUCUGUUCAACAUUCUGGUUGUUCACUGGCCCGAUUUGAGUGUCUUUAUUAACUGAGUAUAGUGCGGGAACUUAAGAGAGAAAUGUUAUCUUGGCAUUACUGUACUUUUCACAAACAUGAGAAUUCUGAAGUUCAAAAGCUAACUGACGAUUGUAUUUUUUGCUGCUGUCAAUCAUCUUAACGGACCUCUUAGGAAACAAAGCUUUAACUGGUUUAAAGGUCAUGGUUUUUGAUUUUUGAUUGGUGGAUUUCGAUCCGUUUUGUGUGUUUCUGUGUAUGAAGGUUUGUUGCUUGUGAUAGUAAUCAUGAUUAAUGGCAGCAAAAAAUGCAAUUGUGAAGGCGGCUUUUGAACUUUAGAGUUCGCAUAUUUGUGAAAAGCACAGUAACUUUUAAUAUUAUUGUAUAAAUUAUCAUUCCUUUGAAUUUGUUUACAUUGCUCUUUGGACAUAAAGAAAUUUUCAAAAAUUCUUGCUACUGCUUCCAUCAUUGUUUGAUAAGGAAUCAUUUCCUUUGUAAUUCAGAGCGCUCACUGUGAAUAAAGAAAGUUCUACAAACAGCAUGUUCUUUCUACAGCCAAUUUGUCAUCAGUCUCUAAACCUUUACCUUUGGCCUGAGUAAUCUUUAAGUGCUGUGUUACUGUUGUGUUCUCCUAUCUGUUCGGUGAUGUUAUGGAUGAAACUCUGAGUUACUUUGUGCCAUAAUUGCUAAUGUCAGCCUUCUGUUUUGCUUUAGGACAUUUUGCUUCUGAUGAAAUUAAAGAGAAGAUUGAUGAUCUUGAUCAAAAAUGGGUUGACUUUAAGGUGUGGUCCUUUUUCUCUUCAUUGCAACUUUUAUAGCUCUUUCAGGUGAUGAAAAAGCUGACUUCCCUUUGGUGACAAAGAACUUCAUUUUGGAAAACACAGUCAAAUCGUCUUAAUAUUGAUACCAAUACUAGGGAAAAGUCUUUUAUCACAGAGGUGUGUUCAGAGAUUGUCGGAAGUUAGGCUUCUUUGGGACAGAGAAAGCAUUUUCCUUUUGGGAGGCAUCCCCAUCUAUAGGGAGAAAUUUGACUGCACCUACACUUAAAGUGAUGUUAGGUGUACAUGUAAGAAAAUUUGGGGAAGGAGGGGAACAUAGAGGCAGACAAAAUAUUAAAAAUAUAUUGUGCUGUUUUAGGACAAGGCAGCUGCAAGGAAGAGUGACCUUGAUGAUUCUCUCCAAGCUCAUCAAUACCUUGCUGAUGUUGCUGAAGCUGAGUCAUGGCUGAAGGAAAAAGAGCCAAUUGUCACCAGUGAUGACUAUGGCAAAGAUGAGGACAGUGCACAGGUAUGAAAUACACCUAGAUGCAUGAUGUGUUGGUUCUUUUUAUUUGUAGUUUUGCUAACAGUUAUAUUUUGUUUUCUUCUUUCAGGCAUUGUUGACCAAACAUGUUGCCAUCAUGUCAGACUUGAGAGCUUAUGGAACUGAAAUCGAUGGACUACGAGAACAAAGUCAAAACUGCAAGGUCAGUACUUUGGUCAGAUUUUCUGUUGGAUUGCAAGUUCAACUCAGCUUCUUGAGACACAGACUUGCCCUUUUCAAGUGUCUUAAGGAUGCCCAUUAUAUUUUUCAGAUGGAAAAAAGUUGUUUUUCUUUUAAUGUCUUAGUUUUAUAACAGCUAGUUUGACAGCUGAGGUGGAUAUACCUCUUAUAAUUUCCUGGAUAUAACCCAAGCUUAUUUUGCAAAAAAAUGUAAAAAAUAAAUUAAAGGGUUUAUUUUUUAAGGAAAAGUAUGGUUUCCGGGGGUGCACAAAAAUAUUGUUAAAGUCCCAUAACUCGGCUUCUAUAUGUCGUAGCAAAAAACGUUUUUCAGCAUUUUACUUCUCCUCUUAUUCUCUUUCGGAUAUAAGGUUGACUGUGAAAUCAAAAAAUUCAUUUAACCUAUUUUGGUGAUGUCAGCCCUUGUGUCAUCAUAAUUUGACAUUUGGCAUCAAACGAAAACUUAAAAUCACCUGGUCAACAAUUGAAGUCUAUCUGGAAAGUUUGGCCAAGAAAUGAAGAUAAAUGUGAAAGAUAUGUAAAUUUAGUCUGUAUGACUGAUUUGAGGGGUGGUUUGGCCCCAGCAUGGAGUUCAAAAUAACCAGAGCAGAUGUGAAGGCUGGCUGUCAUUGAUGGACAUUGUUCUAAAUUGAAGCUCUUUAAGGGACAGACCACAUUUUCUGCUCUAAUUUCCAACCCUCCCUCUCCCCCCAUGAAAAAUCCAGUUAUAUUUUAAAAGUUUGAAGUUUUUUGCUAUUAUAAUUUCUUUUCUCAGGAGUCAGCGCAUAUCAGUGACCUGUCUGAUAAAGAAUGUGUAGUUGCACUGUAUGAUUACCAAGAAAAGACUGCAAGGGAGGUAUCUAUGCAGAAGGGAGAUGUCUUAACGCUGCUGAACUCCAGUAACAAGGUCAGACAUUAUCUACAUGAAAAAUGGUUGCUGCUACAAUGACAUAUUUUACAUUCAUUGCAAUUUCUUUCAUUGAUCAUGUUACAAAAGACUACAAGUGGUUAAGUAUAACAUUCUAAAUCUGGGAAAUUUGAUGGUCGUUCUAAUAAAUAAUAAAUUAUUAAAUAAACACAGCAAUCUUGAGAGGUCUUAACUAUUCACCAUGUUGAACUGUGGUCAGUAAACAUUCAAUUCAUUGUACUUUCUGUUUAAAUUCAAAAUAGUGAGUAUCGCAUUUGUCAUACAUACACAGUUUAGUCAUCUUGUAUGUCAGUUGAUUGCUUGGCAAGAGUAAUGAUAUAGCAGUGCAUUAUCUUGCUGUACUGGAAUGGACAAGGACCAACAUUUUUCUGAAUCCUUGCUUUUACCCAUAUAUUUCACAGGAUUGGUGGAAAGUGGAGACAAAUGACAGACAGGGUUUUGUUCCUGCAGCAUAUGUCAAGAGGAUUGACUCACACAGAGCUUCCCAAGAGAUCCUUGCACAAGCUCCUGAAGUUGAUUCUGUUACACAGAGACAGCAGGCUUUAGAUGACAAGUGAGUGUGUGCUGAUUAAUACAUUUCUGCUACCAUAUACCAUAUUACUUUAUAACAUAGCUAGAAAAUUCGCCUAAUCAAAUUCAAUAGCGCGAGCGUGCUUCAUAUUCCUAUUGAGCACGCUGAUGACGUCAAUAAACUAUUCGUAAUUCCUCGAGUUGUUGUGAGCUUAGCAAUCCUGAGUCUCUUGAGUGCAUCCAUAACUCAGCAAUAGACAAUGAAGCGUUUACCAUCUGUUUUACAAGGAAAUUUAAGAGGAAACGUUUGAGUUUGUUAACCGAUAGUAGGGAAAAGAGGUGAGUGUUGUUGUUGUUGUUGUCAUCUCCACGAGCUGUGCGGGCUAUGGCGUGAGAUCAUUCUUUGCAAAGUUGUUUUCUCUCAAUAACAAUUUUUCGGUAAAUUAAUAGUUUGCCGGCACCUAAAUAUGGAUUUUACAAUCAUUUUAGAGUACACUUUCUCUCAGUUUCAGGAUAAAAACAUAAGAUUAACUGUGAAGAAAAAAAGAUAUAUUCACGUAAACAUUGACGCGUACUGCUUUGAGCGCCCUUCAAUAAUAAAAUUUUCAGUUAACUGCUGCAUUGAUCGCUUUGAUAAUGUUAUAAAACAAUUAGUUCAUGCUGCAGCUGUGCGUAUGUCGAGAUAUUGAGCACUUGGGAAGUUUGGAGAGCACUCAAGAGGCUAGAGUUGCACUCGGCUGCACCUCGUGCAACUCUUACGCCUCUUUCGUGCUCUCCAAACUUCCCGCGUGCUCAAUAUCUCAACAUACGCACGCUGACGCAUGAACUAAUUGUUAAUUUUAUUGUCCAGUUUGCACUAGGAUGUAGCCUUUUUGUGAUUAAGGCCCAGUUCAGAAGCCAUACUUCUCAUGAUCUGAGCCACAUCAAACACAGUGAAUUAAGUUCAUGAGAAGUACAGCAUCUGAAUUACGGCAUCUGAAUCAAUUCAACACGGCUAAUUGAAUGCGGAUUGCUCAUGCCUUGCUCAGCUGGGAGUAGUGGCUCUGGAAUGACAUUGAUUCAGACAUCAAACUUCUUGAGCUGAAACAAAUGCAUAAAUUUUUACAAAGCAGGUUACCAAAAUUCGCCCAUUUUUUUCCCUAUUUACUUCCCAAAGAAUUAAAGAUCAGCCUCUGAAUUAAUUCAGCUGUCCUAAAUUAAUUUGAGUCAGCCUAAAAUGGAAUUUGAUUUGGCUUAUGUAAACUACAGCGUCUGAACUGGUCCUAAGUAUCCUCAAAACUUGAUCAAACAACAGGGAUUAAAAAUUAUUGAUGAGUAAACACCCAUUUCGUAGCGUUACUUUUGUAAACUCAAUCCUGCAUCAGGUGUUAAAGGAAAACCAGUUGCGACAUUUUUACUCAUUAGUUUUCUGUAUCUUAUUUGUGUGACAGGUAUCAAGACUUAAUGGACAAAGGAGAGGAUCGUAAAAAGAAACUGGAGGACUCCAUUCAGCGCUACUCUCUCCUGAGAGAUGCUCACGAGCUAGAGUCCUGGAUUAAUGAUAAGGUCUAAACUGAUUGAUUUACAGUGCGACUAUUGUAACUGGGGCCACUUAGACAAAGGUGGCCAAUCAGAUUACAGGAAAAUAACAAUACAUUCCAAGAAAGUUGGUUGUGGGCCAAUCAGGAACUCGUAAUAAAACAACAAGUUACCAGCAAACGUUAUUCAAACUUUGUUUUUCUGUUCGAGACUUUACAUAUAACUCCCAGGAGACAUAUUUGUCUAAUAGAAGCUGUUGUUUCGUCAUCUACCAGCAACCAUUGCUACCAUUGCUCCACAUUGCAAUAACAUCAUGACCUAAAGUCAAAAAUUAAACUAACGUUUACGGUUGCCUGCGUCAUUCACUCUAACAGACCUCUCAGGAAACACAGGCUUUUUUUCAGUGGGUUAAAAAGGUCAGGUCUGUAGGUUGUAAUUUGUUGAUAUCGAUCUAUGUUGUUUAUUUUGAUUAAAUGUUCCUGGUAAUCUGAUUGGUCCUGGUUAUAGUAGUCCCGCUGUAACAGACGUUAUUCAAUCCUUUAAUAGAAAUGAAGCAUCGCUCACAAACAACUAUUCUUUAACAUAUAAAAAGCUAGGCUACAGAGACUUAACUGUACGAAGUCUUAAACAUUUACAAUAUUUUCUGCUGAGACACCAGCAUCCCUUUUAGACAAUAUGUCUUGUGCUAUUAAUAGUAUUUAUUAGUGUUGUUACUAAUAUUAAUAUUUAUUACACUAAAACUCCCGCUAAAUAAGUGAAGCAUGAAUGCUUCAAAUUUGUUGUAACAGCCGUACAAACAAGGCUUGGAAUUAAAAAGGACUGUAGUAAUCAUGCUUACAUGCUCAACAUUUUGAUAUCGAAAAAAAUAAGUUUUUUUAUGUCGCUAGUUAUUGGAGUGCUGACAUUUGGUGGGUAUAUUCCCUUUCAGGAAGCCAUUGUAACUUCUGAAGAGGUCGGAAAGGAUUUUGAGCAUGUUGAAGCACAACAAAAGAAGUUUGAUGACUUUGAGAAGGUAUGUGAUAAUGAUUGUACUUACUUAGCAGGGUCUUUUUUGGCAACUAACAUGAAAUAAUGUGCUUUUUACGUAGGACAUGAUAUCCAAAGAGGUUCGAAUCAGAGAGCUGACUAUACUUGCUGAGAAGCUGAAGGUUGAACACUAUUCUGAAUAUGAAAUGAUCCGUGAAAUGAUUGAGGUAAGGCCAGCUGAUUGAAAAAAUAACUGACUGACUGACUGAAUGUUCAGAACAAAUAUUUUUUUUUCCUGGACCGUAAAUUUUAUUUUUGGCUCACCAUUUUACUAUCUCACUGACAUAAUAACCCACUGAAUGACUAACUGUGAACUGAGUGUCUGACCAGUAGAAUGCUUGCUCACUGACUAUAAAAAGGACAAUUAUAAUAAUUUUUUUAUUGACUUCAUCAUGUCAUUUAUUUUAACUGCAAACUGUGGCAUUUCACUAUAAUUAAUUGAGCAGUCCCAAUCAUCUUCAUCUAACAUCUUGACUUACCAGUUCGGUCUAUCAGUUGGUUAAUUGUUUGAUGACUGGUCAAUAAAAUGGCCUAACAAGUCAUAUAAAAUGAUUAUAUUUGCAUCAAAGCAAGUAAAAUAACUGUAUUUGAUGAGGUAUUGGCUUUCCUUUAACAGCGAUUAAAUCAGAAGUGGAAGAACCUAGUGGUCAUGUCUGAACAAAGGAAAGAAAACCUUGACAAUGCCCAGGAGAUUCAAAGAUUUCACAGGUAAUGGACACCAAAGGUUUCUACUACAUAUUAAAUUUACACUUUGCUUUUCUUGGCCAUACUGGGUUUGUCCCUUGAAUCUAGCCAAAAGAUACUAUCCUCUGCUUCUCAAUUCUGACUCGUUUGUGGUACAAAGACAUCUAAGAUCUCUAGAUUGCUAACUGGGGUGAAAACACACUUUUGAGGAAAUCCUGGCAAAAGUAUAAGAAACUAAGAACUCAUUAGGAUGUCUGGCCAUUUUUUAAGAUCCUCACAAAAUGAAAUCUAUUGCUACAAAACAUUGUCUUGGUUAAUAGUAAUCAUCUUCUAAAGUAAGAUUGGUUUUGACUUGAUUUUGUAACAUUUUCUUGUUUGAGAAAAGCAAAUUUUGUUUUGUGUCUUUAUACUAAAUGAUUGUCUGGUGUUUUUAGGGAUGCUGAUGACACUAAAGCUUGGAUCUCAGAAAAAGACACAGCACUGUCUACAUCAGAUUAUGGCCGUGAUUUGGCUAGUGUCCAGGCCUUGCAGAGAAAGCAUGAAGUGUUAGAGCGAGAUUUGGCAGCUUUGGAAGAGAAGGUUUGAUAAACAGUUGUUAAAGUGUUGUUGGUUUUAGCAUUGCAGAGGCAUGCCACUUCCAAAGGCAAUAUAAUUUCGACAAUGCUCUGUAUGCUGGAUUUUUUCCCAUCAGGUUCGAGAAUUGAAUGUGGAAGCAGCUAAACUGACCUCCAGCCACCCAAAUGCUGCACAGGACAUUGAAUGGAAGAGACAUGAAUUAGAAGAGGCUUGGGCAAGCUUACGAGAACAGGUCUGUUGCUUACUCCUUUGUUUCACAGUGAAAACUAAAUAGUUAUUGUUUUCAGUUGGAAUAUUUCUUUUCUUUUCUUCUUUUUAUUAGGCUGCUGCUAGGAAGGGCAAGUUAAGAGAUUCAUAUGAUUACUUCAACUUCCUCAAUGAGUUUAGGUAAGUUUGAUUUCCACCUUUUCCGGUCUCCAGGCCAUGCCCUAGCAGAUCUCAGUACAGUGGCCCCUUACAGCUUAUUUCAGACUUGUGAAUUAGUGUUAUUUGCCAUUUUUAGAGAUCUCAUGUCCUGGAUCAAUGGUAUCAUGGCUCUUGUUACAUCAGAUGAACUUGCUAAAGAUGUGGCCAGUGCUGAAGCACUCUUGGACAGACACCAGGUAAUAACAUACCACAAGUAUAGUGUGAUGUUCCGGAGACCACCCUCGUCUUAUAAGAACAGAGCAAAUGGCACACAUUCAAGUAUACAUAUGAGUUUUUGUCUGUUGAACUGUGUUAGGUAACAAAAUACCCUAUUAACAAGGAUAGUAUUAAAAAGUUUCAGUAAUAACUAAACCUAAGGUCCUAGAAAACUUUAUAGGGUCGUGAAAAAGUCAUUGAAAGUCGUGGAAUUUAAAGAGCAUGAAAUGUCAUAAACCCUGAAAUACUGACUGGACUUAAAGAGCCAUUGGAGCACUGACAAUGAAGUACCGGUACAUGUACAUGACUUGUAGACAAGAUACUACCAAUAAUUACCUGUGAUCAUGAUACUGUACCGUCACUUAACUUCUUCUCCGGACUGAUGAAGACUAAGUUAUUUGGUCAAAAUAUACCAGUUCUAUCCCUAUUGCUCUUAGUUUUGUCUUUGUCUAAAAGGUAGCAACAGUUUAAUAUUUUCAUAGAGGGAUUUUCUUCAUGAAUAAGAGUGGUUUUCUUUAAAUGCUGACAUCUCUUGGGGUUAUAAUACAGGAACACCGAGCAGAAAUUGAUGCACGUGAUAGUACUUUCCAAGCUUUCGAAGAUUUUGGCAAAGAGUUACUGGACAAAGAACAUUAUGCCAGUCCUGAUAUCCGUGAAAAAUUGGACACAAUGGCUAAGGAGCGCGAAGAACUUGAAAAGUAAGUUUCCCCAUUACACUGUGUGCAAAACCUGGCCUUCUUGAAAAUAUUGCUUUUGGCUUGUAAUGUACUUGCCGUUUGGGGAGCAAAAAGGAUCUCUAUGUACAAGGCCUGAGAAUCAUUAGACUUGCUAAAUACAUUUCUCUUAAUAGCUCUUGGGAUGAAGCAUCUGCCCUGUUUUUGAUUUGGUAGGGGUUUGUUGUCUGUAGACGACUCAAGAUUUUCAUUUGUGCCAAUGAGAUAAUGAGUCUCACAGCUUCUCAAUAAACAGGCAUAAUUAUGUCUGCCAGCAUUUUGGAUGUUUUGAAAUGAGCCGGAAGCAAUGUUUCAUUAGUUUUAAGUUCUAUAAAGACAGGUCUACUGUGUCUGAAUGUCUGUUUUCCUUAUGCAUUUGAAUGCGUUAAUUACAGGGCUUGGGCUGCUCGCAAGCAGAGGCUUGAUGAAUGCUUUGAACUGCAGGUCAGUAGAAUUACUCUAGCGUGUACUGUGUAUGAUUUCUUCUUUACCUAUACUCUUUGAUAACUUAGCCGUCUUACUCACUCACUCACUCACUCAUCCUCUUCAUCCCAGCUGGAACAUACGGCUGCAAUCAAACGUCGCCAUUCAACCUUGUCCUGAGCUUUGGCCCCAAUUCUUCCAGGUCUUUCAUCACUAUUCUCCGCCAGGUGGUUUUUGGCUGGCCCUUUUUCCUCUUCCCAGUUGUAGAUUGUCUCAAGGCUAACUGUCUUACUAACACAACCUAUCUGGUUAAAUCCAACAGCUGUUCAACCGUGAUGCUGAGCAACUGGAGCAGUGGAUGGCCACCCGUGAGGCAAUCAUUCAGAGUGAAGAUGUUGGAGAAGCAGCUGAAGGUGCAGAAGCUCUUAUUAAGAAGCACGAAGACUUCACCAAGACUCUGGCUGUUCAGGAUGUGAAGAUCAAUGCUCUGAAGGACAAUGCAGAUAAGCUGAUUGAAGCUGAUCACUAUGAUUCUCCUGCAAUUGCAGAGAGGAUUGCUACUGUUUUGGCUAGGUAAUAAAACAGUUUUUCUUUUCUCUCACCAUUGCAACGACAGCUUUUUUAAAAAAUUGAUUUGCAGGUCCCAUUCCUAUUCAUGAUAUAAAAUUUUACUCCACUAACAACUUUUUUCAGAACACUUUAGGAAUCUGAUCACCUUCUUGUAUAAUGUCAUAAAACGGCCGGAGCAAUGAACUUAUGCAUUGGUGGACCACCAAAUUUCUUCCCCAGGUUCAAAUACAGAUAUUUAAACAAGAAAACCAUCCCCGCUCCCCACCCACUUCUGGUCCUAUUCUGUUCACAAGAGAGUUGUAGUUAAUGUGUAUUUAAUACACGUUAACUAUAACUCUCUUGUGAACAGACCUCUCUAUAAGACAGACACCUUGCUGAUACAGAAAACUUAGAGUGGUCAGAGUUUGUCCCUGCCUUUCUUUACUCUCUUGUGCACCUCUGAGAUGGACACUUUUUGCUGGCCCCAAUGGUUUCUGUCUUAAAGGGAGCUGACUGUAGUCCCUUUCAACAAUGUGUAAGAUAGAAAAUGUGUACUGUAUCAUAACCCUUGUAACGCUACCUUUAUCGUAACAUGUACAAAGGUAUCAUUGCAACUCUAGUUGUAACUGCUUGUCUAAUGUUCUCUCUACUUAUUUUGCUCUGCAGGUGGGCUACACUAAAGGCAGCACUUGUUGAGCGUCGUUCCAAGCUGGGUGAAUCUAAAACCAUUCAGCAGUUCAGCCGUGAUGCUGAAGACAUUGAGGCUUGGGUCAGUGAAAAGCUGCAGACUGUUCUGGAUGAAUCUUACAAAGAUCCAACCAACCUACAGGUGCGAUUCAGUUAUGUUUAACUUGAGCUCAGUCAUGUUCAGCAUCAUAUUAUUGCUACAAUAGCUUUAUGCAGGGCAGCAGACAGAUAAUAAAUGAAAUGAUCAGCCAUGAUGGGUGUAGUUUUCUGGCAAAUUGUUCUUCUUAUUGCAAUCUCUGGAGAAUAUUGUGAACAAUACACAAGACAAUUCUCUGGCAAUUAUUUUGAACUGUUACCUUUUAGAUGAGGUGGAGUUUUUUUAAUUCAGGCUUUUAGAAAACUGUUAUGUUUUUGUUUUUUCAGUCCAAGUUCCAGAAGCACCAGGCAUUUGAAGCUGAAGUGUCAGCCAAUCAAGAGCGGGUUUUAGAGACAAUCAACUUGGCAGAAGGUAAAAAUGAUAUUCUUCAAACGCGAACUCUUACUCCUGAGCCAGAUAUGGAGAUAUGUUGAGGCUGUAACUUUUAUUUCAUUUGGUGAAAUUCUUUGCUCUGACCGGCUAAUUAAAAUCUUAUAAGAAUGAAACAAAUUUAAAUUUUGUGUUUCAGGAGAAGAUUAAGUGCUUUCUCAUCUUAAGGACUAUUUGAAAGUAGAAUUCCAGCAAAUUUUACGAUGGUCACAUCUCAGUGUUUUUUCUGUUUCCUGACGAAGUGGAGGUGGUUACACGAAAACAGGUGGGGUUUUUGCUGACUUUUUCCUCUUUUCUAUGCAGGUCUUAUUGAACAACGGAAGUGUGCAGGAAGCGAGGAGAUUGUUAAGGAAAGAAUCACUAAACUUCAACAGCAGUGGGAAUACUUGGUACAGAAAUCCAGCGAGAAAAGUCAGCACCUAAAGGAAUCUAAUCAGCAACAACAGUUCAACAAUAAUGUCAAAGAGUUGGAUUUCUGGCUUGGAGAGGUAAGAAAGAUAAAAUUCCCUGACCUGUGGAGUUGUGUUGGCAGAUGAGACCACUCAGAAAUAACUUGAAGGUUUAUGCAAGGGACAAUGAAGUCUUCAAUGUCAUACUCAAGACACCAACUGUCUGGAGAGGCUAGUUUUGUGUGCUCAAAGCUUGGAUUGUUCAUUACUGGACAAAACAGCACAGGGACCCUUAGGGCACCAGUCAGAACUAGCCGGCUAGACCGGUCAUUUCAAAAAUGAAGUAGGCCAUCUUAAAGAGUUUUUGCUAAAAAAAAAAACCAUCAACCCCAUGCAUAUUAUUCAGCAAAUGACCAAUUUCGCUGGACAAAUUUGAUUAAAAGUGAAACUCUCAUAAUGACAGGAUUGGUCUGGCUGGCCAGUUCUGACAAAUGGAAAGUUCCCUUAGUUUGUACCCAUGGACAUCAAGACAGAAUGCAAAUGAGACAAUGUCUUUCAUGGUGGAGAAGGCGGAUUAGGAAAAAAAACAGUGGUAGUUCCUAGUCGUUGUUGUAUAAUGAUCAAAGCUCCCUUUACAUUUUGUAUACAAAUUAGCUGGAUGACCAAGUUACUUAUGAACCUGUUAUCUUGUUAUUUUAGGUAGAAGCAUCCCUUUCUCAAGAUGACUAUGGUCGUGACUUAGCAAGCGUGCAGAAUCUGAUGAAGAAACAUCAGCUUGUUGAGGCAGAUAUUGCUGCCCAUGAGGUAAGUAUAAAGUGGAUGAUAAGCUAGAAUGUUGCUGUUUAAAUUUCUGCCAAAAAUGUUGCAUUUUUACUUUGCCGACUUACAAAAAAAUCUUUUAUUUUUCAGGAUCGUAUAACAGAUCUGCAGGCUCAAACUCAGCAUUUUGCGGAAGUUGGUCAUUUUGAUGCCGAUUCCCUACAGGAUAAAUCUCGUGGCAUUGCCGAACGCUAUGACAAGUAAGUUAACCUGUCAUACUUACAAGUUACAAUGCUUGUGAAACAUUCUGUUCAUCACUACAAGACAGCCAGGAAUAACUCGAACUUUCUGCUGCGGAUAGCAGUCGCUUGCUACUCUCUGGCUAAUUUCUCACUACCUUUCAGCCCUAUUUCACCUUUUUCCCUCCCUACACCCUCCAACCCCCCCACCACACUCACACACACACAACCAAACAGUCAAAGGCAGUGGUAUUAGACGUGAUAAUUUUUUGUAGGGUGAAGGACAUGGCUGAAGAUCGCCACAAGAAACUGGAUGAGUCCAAUGCUCUGCACCAGUUCUACCGGGAUUUGGAUGAUGAGGAGUCCUGGAUCAAGUAAGUUAUUCCUCCAAACGCUGUGAAGUGCUUAAAACUUUAUAAUUAAUUCGUGAGCAAAAUAUAAAGGACAUUUUAUGUGUGAUGAAGGUCUGUAAAUGUAGCAAAAUGUGGCUGAGUUUAGCUCUAAAAAUUGGUCAGAUCUACAGGAAAGUUUUUGAAGCCUUUUCCAACGUGAGCAUUGUGUUAUUUUGGCUCCUACGAUCUUUUUUCCUUUGGACUUACAUUUUAAGGCCAACUUGGCGCUCAUGUUGUAAACAUAACACAAAAUGUGACGUUUUUUUUUCAUCAGGGAAAAGAAGUUGUUAACAAGCUCUGAAGAUUAUGGCAAGGACUUGACUGGAGUGCAGAACCUGCGUAAGAAACACCAACGACUUGAAGCUGAACUUAACAAUCAUGAAGCAAGGAUUCAGGUGAAAAUCUCAUUUUUCAUUUAACUGUUACUGUAAAUGCAGUGAAUCAAGAAUGGAGAAUUUAGAUUCUUAAUCACAUUUGUUUCCUUAUAGGCUGUCCUGGCAUGCGGACAUAAAUUUAUUGAUGAAGGUCACAGCAGCUCUGAUGAGAUCAAGGCCCGUUGUGAUCAGCUUCAGGAAAACUGGGAUGAGCUCAAGAAUCUUGCUGAACAAAGGUACUGUACCAGGGUAGUCUAAGAUAACGUCACAAAGUGUUUCCUUCCUAAACAGAUUCUGCUUUUGCAAUGCUUUGUCAGUACAGUGCUGUGUCGGCUGCACCUCGUGCAGUACUGGAAUUUAUUGUUUAUUCUACAGCCAACCUUCCUGUUUAUGUACUGAAAUAUCAGUCUUUAAUUAACCCUGACUUGAAUCAUGUACACUAACUUAGAGCUCAAUCAGCUCUACCAACUAGACCUGAUUGUAUGGUUGCCCAACAGUUAAAUGUUCUCUAUUGUGGGUUCUGCGUUAAAGAUUGACUUGUAAACCAGCAGCUCAGUGUUCUAAGUGAUUCGGUUGCUUUGAUGGAACUGUCUUAGAUGUGUGUUGGUUUUAUUUCUUUAGGCAGCACAAACUGGACGAGUCUCUUGCCUACCAACAGUUCAGUGCAAAUGUGGGUGAAGAGGAAUCCUGGAUCAAUGAAAAGAAUACUCUUGUUGGUAGUGACGACUAUGGUGACACGCUGGCUGCUGUUCAGGUAAGAAUUAAAUUCACAUACCGUAUUCACUCGAUUUAACGCUGCCCUCGAAGAAUCGCCGUCUGUGGAAGUAAAAUUACCAAUAAACGAAUCCCUUGAAUAAACGCCGCUCCCAAUCAAAAGAAUGCGGCUUAUAUUCGAGGAUUAUAAUUAAAAAAACGGUACAACUUUGUUUUAUACACCAUUCAGGUAAUCACGAUUCUAUAUAUCUCAACAAAAAGAGCGAGACGUUGAAACUUUUAACAUCUUUCUUAUUUAAAUAAUAUGUGCAAAUGAUUUAUCGUAAUUGUUGGCAGUGAUCUAAGACAAAAACGGAAACACUCAAAAUUUAAUAAACGCGGCGUCUAAUGGAAUAAAUACGGUACCAAACACAGAAUAGACCGUAUAUAUCGGUAUGAAUUUACUUGAUUCAAUAAAGGUCGUUUUGGGCGUUGGGCAACUGCCAUUGCGCUUUGGGAAACUAUUGUUUGGCGGUCACUCACGCAGAUUAUUGCAGUGGGUAACCAGUUCCAUAUCCCCAAAUCCCCAGUUACCAAUGUCCCAUUGCCAAAGUAACCUUUAUUGAAUUAGGUAUAUUAAACGCUUAUCAUUUUCAGUUUUCUAAACCGUUUUAAAUACAGUAGGAUCCUCUGAUGGAAACAAACGUAACUUUUUGUUGAUUUCAACCAGGGUCUUCUCAAGAAACAUGAAGCAUUUGAGACUGAUCUGGAGGUUCAUAGGGAGAGGGUGCAGGACAUUGAAGAUUCCGGAAAUAAGCUGAUUGAAAAGGUUAGUUAGGAAGGUCACUUCAAUAAUGCUUUGUGAUAGUUUCACCUCCAAGGAAGCCCAAUAUUUAUUAAGAAAAAAAAUGUUUCCACUCCGUAAAAUCAUCCAAUGCAGACAUUACCACUAGUUUAGUUUACGGCAGAUGAGGUUUUGUUAAGUAGCAAUACGGUGGACGGAUUGAAGUUAGGUCGGAAUUCAUGUUUUCAUAGUAAACUUUGUGAGUACUCAUGAGUAUAAAUGUAGCCUCCAUCGGAUGCUAAUGUAAUUAAAUAUAUUUUUUCGUCUUUUCAGGGAAAUCAUCAAUCUGAACUGAUUGAACACAGGAUUUCAUCCAUUAAGGUAAUAACGUUUGUUUAGCUUUCUGUAGUCAUCAUUUCCACUUAUCCUACAACAAACCUCUUUUGACUGCUCUUUUUGGCAACAAACGAGUUUCGUCUUUAUUUAUUUCAAUUGUCUUUAUUUACUGUUUCGUUUAUUUUUGCGUAUAGAGCAAGCUGCAAGAAUUGGAGAGGAUGGCAUCCUAUCGAAAAUCCAAACUGAAUGACAACUCAGCUUUCCUGCAGUUCAACUGGAAGGCAGAUGUUGUAGAAUCAUGGAUUGGUGAGAGCUGCAUUUGUUUAAUUCGUUCUUCUAAAACGUUUUUGAGUUAUAUUUCAUUCAUUUUCCCAUUUCUCAAACUCUGUGUUGUUCGGAUGUGUCCUAUACUGCUUUGUCUAAAGCGGGACUAAAAGUUAAAUGUUAUAAGGAUGGAUACUCAAAGUGCCAAUGAAUUAACGAAGCUAUUAACGCAAUUUCGCCGAAUUCAUACGGUGGGAACUGACCACCUUAUUUAGUGAAGAUGAAAAUAACCGCUUAGAACAUUCAAGGAAAGCUUAAAUAACAAAGAAAAUACAAAAAAGGCACUGAUGGAGAAAAUUGAAGAAGAUUAAAACAAAUCGCAAUCGGGGUUUUUGAAAAUUCUUCGGCCAAAUAGUUUUUCAAAGUUUAUCGCUGUUUUGUUUUACUUUAUACAUAAUUCUUGGCGGACGUAUUUGUUUGUUAGCAAGUUGUGAUUUUGCCAUUUACAAAUAAUUUCUUCCCUAACGUUGAUUUCCAUGGCGAGUGACAAUACCAAGCGAGGUGGUCUCGACUGUCGUGACGCUGUCUUCCAAGAACUUUGUAACUGUCAUAUAUGGUACUAGACUAAGGUGCCUUUGUUCACAGUGUCUGUCAAAAGCGCUCAACAGAUUCAUUAUAUUUUGCAGGUGACAAGGAAGGAAUUGCUCGGUCAGAUGAUCUGGGACGAGAUUUAUCGUCUGUGCAGACUCUUUUCACCAAACAGGUUUGUGACAUGACCCAUUUGUACAUGUGCGUUUUAUCGUGUAUGCCUUCAUAUUUUAUAACUUUGUUUUUUUAUUUUAGGAAACUUUUGACUCUGGUCUUCAAGCGUUUGAAAACGAAGGAAUCGCACGUGUGACAGUGCUGAAGGAUGAGCUGGUCCAAUCACAACACGAACAGUCACCUGCCAUCAUUAAACGUCAUGAUGACCUUAUUAGGAGGUAAGAAACUCCUCUAACCAAUGGCUGAUGAGCUUACAGCAGCAUUAUAGCCUUAUUUGGAAACGUCGUUUUAACAUACCCAAUGACUCGCCACCUAAGUAGACUUGACACUCAUCCCUAGGCUAAACUUGGAACAUUUGAAACCAAGAUGGCCGCCCGUAACACAAAGCGCUCGAUCUCGACGAUCGAAAAAUAGGGGACUGUUAACAGUCUAAGUAACGCGAAGGCUUACCCCUGUCCCCCAUCCCCUGUUCCCUGUUCCCCGCCCCCCUCAUGGGACAAGAGAGACAAAGGGCCGUGUUUUGUUUAAUAAGCCACGUCAACACAUUUCUGUUGUUAUAUUUCUAGGUGGGAACAGCUUUUGGAAGACUCCAGGACUCGUAAGGAAAGGCUUCAACAUGCACAGGAUCAGUACAAGAAGGUAAAUAUAAGCUGCGCAGUUAUUUCCCUGCAAAGUCGUGAAACUGUUGACAAGUGUUUAUUUCUCGAUCUCUAAGUGAAAGAAGCGAAAAAUCAAUAUUUUAGCCUCGUCUUUGUUUAUUGAUAAUUAUUUACGUGUAGAUUAAAUCGAACUGGAAUUGUGUCAGUUACAGCUGUGCGAAAUAACUUUGAAGCUAAAAAGCUGACCUCGUGAAGUCAUCUCGUGAGUGUGAUCAUACUUCGCAACCUCGUAAAACGUGAUAUCUUGAGUGUUAUCGUGGUGCCAUUGCAGUACAGGUAAUCAUCGUGUAUCUAUCUGUUUAGGUUGAGGACUUGUUCCUGUUGUUCGCUAAGAAGGCGUCUGCUUUCAACAGUUGGUUUGAAAAUGCAGAGGAAGACCUAACUGAUCCAGUGCGAUGCAACUCUGUGGAAGAAAUACGUGUAAGUACCUAAUACGUUUCUAUAUCAUUGGGGUUGUUGGUACUCUGACGUUGCAAUGCCACUACUAUCAGGAUGUGUUAAGGGUUUUUAUGAGGAAAAAAAGAAGAUACCUUUAAUCGAACGAACUGUUCAAUUGAAGUGUUCGAACUAUUCGUUUCGGCUAACGAUUUUCCCCAGGGUUCGUAUCGAAGUGUCACGUGCAUUUACGAUAACGAACUCAGCGGGCUUUUAAAUGGUGGGGAAGGCGGAAAGAAAAAGUGAGCAAGAAAAACAACGAGGGUUUUCUUUUUCCGCUCUCGAUUUCGCGCCAUUUUCCACUAUCUGAACUCCUGCUGGGACAGGCUAUAUUGCCAGAAGGUGCUACAGCAGGUCCAAAAUUAAAAUUGACCACUCCACAAAUGCCAUAAUGCUCUUUGUUUGUCACCCCAAAAUUUUGCAUAAGCACUGUUUUCAGUUUCUCUUGGGGCCAUUUUAACUCCCAAGAGAAACUGAAGACAAUGCUUAUGCAAAAUUUUGGGGCGACAAACAAAGAGCAUUAUGGUAUGUUAUGGUAACUUCUUGAGUGGUCAAUUAACGCUUUUCUUGUCCCACAAGGCUUUGCAAGAUGGACACACUCAGUUCCGAGCGUCUCUGGACCAAGCUGAGGAUGAUAUCAUGAUGUUACGUAAGCUGGAUCGGCAGAUCAAGAGCUACAAUGUCUCCAUAAACCCGUAAGUGAUUAAACACUUAGAGGAGAGUUAGACGCUGUUGUCUCUCUGUUUAAGACAUGAGUUUCUAACAACAUGAAAACGCUAAUAUUUGACGUUUUUUAUGUGUUUAGGUACACCUGGUUCACAAUGGAGGCCUUAGAGGAUACCUGGGAAAAUCUACAGAAAAUAAUCGAGGUUUGUAAUUAAAAACCUGAGAUUUGUCUUUUUUUAUUCAGGGAAAUUUUGUGCAAAUAGCAGCGAGUCUCCUAUUGGCAUUUCUGCAGUUCUGGCAACAAUUACAUCAUCAAGUUAAUUUUAUAAAGAAGUGAAAGACCCUUAACAGCAAAUGGCAAAACAGUUCUGCUCUGCUUUCCGUCAGAGUUUUAACAUAACCAUCGCCAGUGAGCAUUUCAGAAAUAAAAGCAAAUUCGAGUCGCUUACGCUUAGCGCGGGAAGAACGCGCACAGUGAAGUUAUUAUUGGUUAAGAGGAUUUGGCAGGAAUUUUUUUAGGCAAUCGUAAAGAACAGCAAAUGCAAAUAAUCAUCCACAUACCAGCACGCACACAGAAAUACCGCUUAAUUAUUCAAACUCAACUCGUUGAACAACUUUUGACAUUUUAUACUGACUUGUUUACGCUUGGUAAUGACAUGAAACACAUCGAAAAGUCGAGCGAUACUUACUAUUCUAAUCAAGCAGCAAAUUAGUCGAUCUCAUAAAGGACUGCAAACACGAACUAACUUUCAGCACUCUAUUUUAAACCGCUACUGGACCAAAGUAUUGUUAUCUUUAUUUUUUUGUUUAGGAGCGUGAGGAUGAUCUGCGCAAGGAAGCUCAGCGUCAAGAGUACAAUGACAAUCUGAGGCAGGAGUUCGCUCAGGCAGCCAACGCCUUCCAUGCUUGGCUGACUGACACUAGGUAAGAAAAAUCGGUAGCAAAUACAAAAUUGGACACGUCGGAGCUUCUUAACCUGCGCCACAGACGAAACUAAACCUCUGGUUAAAUUUGUCCAUGGACCAGUGUUAGCCCUCUCCGAGGCAUCACUGUCCUGUUUUAGAAAGCGAGUGGGAGAAUGGGGAGAGAACGGAGAGAGACAGAGAUGUCUUGACUCGCGCAAUCAAAUCCAAUUUGUGUACGGCAUAGUGGGGAAAUUUUGAGGGACAAAAGCCGUUUACCGUGACCUACAGUAGUUUGUUUAGUCUGUCGAAAGGAAAAUGCCGUUAGUAAACUUAUCCAGGAUGUUCCUUCAUCUGAAUCCUCCCGGACCAGCAAAUAACCUAUUUAUAUUUUUCCUACUCGUAAAAUUUUCUACGACGCAGGCUAGAACUUCCUCGUCGAAUACUAGUAUCUAAAAUCCUAUCUUGGCAGUAUUUUGUUGACGCUUCUCUUUGUUUCAGGGUUGCAAUGGUUGAUGGGCAAGGGGACCUUGAAGAUCAGUUGGCAGAGGUGAAGAAAAAGAGUGCUGAGAUCGCUGAUAGGAAAGAGGACCUUAGGAUCAUUGAGGAUCUUGGGGCUCAGAUGGAAGAGGCUCUCAUCUUGGAUAACAAGUGAGUUAUAAUCCUUGACCGUACCCGUUAAGACUAGAGAAAAUUUUCUGCCGUCUGCGUUGUCUUUUCUUGAAAAGGUGUGGUACAGUCUAGCAUGCCUUUUGUUUUCGCGUGAUUAACAUGUGAUGUUUUUCUGAUGUGCACUUGAUUUGUUGUCUAGAUACACGGAGCAUAGCACAGUGGACCUUGCUCAACAGUGGGAUCAGCUGGAUCAACUUGCCAUGCGUAUGAAACACAAUCUGGAACAACAAAUCCAGGCCCGCAAUACAACUGGUGUGUCCGAAGAAACCCUCAAAGAAUUCACCAUCAUGUUCAAGUAAGAUGGCUGUGUCUUCGUUUGUUUAAAACUUUUAAAUCAGCUUUAAAUGUCAGUGGCAGAAUUUUUAAAUUCUAAACACUACAUGAUAAAUAACGUCUCCUCACACUCACUCAACUGGGCAAACUUCAUCGUGAGUUACGUUUGACUUGACUCGUUUUCUUGCUCAAAAAUUGCAAAAUGCUCCCCAUCCCACUCACGUAAAGUUCCGUAACUAAAGAGGAAACGUUCUUUUCAAAAACAGAUGUUAAAUUUCUUCCACCUUCUAUCAGUAAGAUGCAUAAUAUUGUAACUAAAAUUCAUAAAGUACACGUAAACCAGAUGUUUCAGCCUUUUUUUGGCUGGUUAGAGGUGAAGGGAAAAUUUUACAUUGUACUUACUUUGGAAACUGUUAUGCUCUUUACGUGAAGUGUUCAUAUUUGGCUCAAUUUAUAUCUCUUUACCAGACACUUUGACAAGGACAAAACUGGCUAUCUGGAUCAUCAAGAGUUCAAGUCGUGCCUGCGGUCGCUUGGUUAUGAUCUGUCUAUUGUGGAGGAGGGCGAGGAAGAUCCGGAGUUUGAAGCCAUUCUUAGAACGGUGGAUCCCAACGGGUGAGAAUAUGAAACACGAUAAUGAUCUGGCAUACAUGCACAUAUACAAUAGUUACGUUACAGUGUAGUUCGUCUUGACUGCCCUACGCUGGUCCCGAAAGUAUUAAAACUGUCUUGUUUUAUUGUCGAGCUAUGAAUUACCAUAUUUCUUCAUUAAUAUCACCAUGCAUUCGACUUUGCUGAUUCCAGCAGUGAGAACCGGCUAGACGGUUGAUGACGUAUAACACCGCUCUUGACUACUAACUGUUUCCUUUUGUGUGUAGUGAUGGUGUUGUAUCAAUGGGAGAGUACAUGUCUUUCAUGAUCAGCCGUGAGACAGAAAAUGUUGGCUCCAGUCAAGAGGUCAUCAACGCCUUCAAAGCACUCACUGAGGGUGGAAAACGUCGGUACGUUACCGAGGCAGAGCUUUACCAGGUAAUUUGUACAACUUUGCUAGUCUACUGUAGGUACGGAUUAGAGUGCAAUGAAAUCGCAGAGAAAAACGUCUCAUUCUCAAUUCAGUCCACAUUUUUAUGUGUUUUACUUUAUGUAACAAAAGUUUUAGAAAAAAAUCCUUAGUAAACCUUGUAUUUGGACUGUCUAAAGAAAUGUUUUACUCAUCGACCAUUCAUUUCAGUCAUUUCGUCUCCCCGCUUAAGAGAAGUCUUAUUCAGCAUGUGUUGUCUCUUCCAGUAUGUCUUAAAAAGGGCGACUCUUUUAUAACAGUGAAAAUCUCGUCUAAAUUUACUACCACCCCUUCUGACUAGUUGUAGCCUCCCACGCAGGCGUUUUUAGGGGAGCCCGUUUUUCAUCCCUUCCCACGAUCCCCUAAAUACGCCUGCGUGGGAGGCUGGACUUGUUGCCUUGGUCAUUUAGAUCGCUGGCUUAUGUCACAGUCCGUUGCUGUUGACUUGUUAUGACAGUAAGCCAAUUGCCGUGGCUGAAGCUGAAGCUUUCCUACCCUCAUAAACUAAUUGUUGAAUUCCUUCUCGUUCCAGUCCCUCACCAAGGAGCAGGCCGACUACUGUAUUGAUCGGAUGAACCCAUAUGUUGAUGACAAGGGCCGAGAGAUUCCGGGAGCCUACGACUAUAAAACCUUCUGCGAGGAACUGUUCUCCUCUAGCUAGAUUAGUCUUGCAUGGUAAUACUUUAAGGCUGUUUUGUUUCAGAAGACUUGACACCUCACGGGAUAAUUUUACGGAUAAAAAUGCCAGCAUAGUUAAGUGUAAACGCUCACAGGUAGCUUCAACCAAACCUGCGCCCUUCUGAAAGGAAGAUAAUACACUUAGUUUAACAUAUCCGUAUGUUAGGUUGUCGAAUGAUUAUUUGUUAUCACAAGAAGUCUCAGCCUUGUGGAUGAAAAGCUCUAUCAUAUUAACAAAUAUAUCUUAACGUAUCGAAAAAAUCUGGCCCACUGCAUGUUUAAAUAUCAUAGGAAAAACCGAGUUUCCUUUUGCAGGGGUUCAUUUUGAUGUUUUUAGUAGCACUCUGUUUCGGUACUUUUCAGUGAUUUUUAAUCCCGUUGAGGUGUUUUGUUCUUACUGUAGAUCGUGUCGUCAGACGAAUGGUUACCGAUUAAUUGAUGACUGGGGUAAAAGAAGAGUGACUUAAACUUUAAUCAAUAAAAACGUGAUGUCAAAACAAACGCGUUGCUAUUAUGGUUUCACGAACUGACAAUUGUUGUAUUUAGUCAAGCGACUACAGAAUGCUUUAAUACAAAAGCAUAAUUUGGAAAGAUCCAAAGCAAUGUUUUCGUCAAGCCAUGUAAAAUGCUCCUGCACUGAUCUUCUUCUUUUCUUAAAGUUGGUAAGGUCAUUAUUCCCCCUCCCUCCCUUCCCUCCGGCACCACACUUUUUUUCUCAUUUUAUUUGAUUCUGGGGCUUGCCUGAAGCAGUUCGUAAUUCUUACUUUUAUCGUGGUCAAGAUUCUAGUAAGUUAUCAACCUCGUGGUUUAUUUUGAUCAGUAAGGGGGUUUCGUUUUACAACAUUAGUUUGAAAGUCUUCA